GUCUCGUGGCAGCGUCCGGAGGCGUGGUGGCCGCGGUUAGGAAAAAAAUAGUCUGUGUUUAACAUGCACAUAUGGGCUAAAACCGCUGCGCUGUUGCAGGGUCAUCCCGCCAAUACGAACAUCAAACAUCAUAUUCAUGUGAUGGUGAAGACAAAAGACACAGUAAUAAAGCCAAUAAUUCAGUAAGACUAUUAAAAUAUAAGGAAACGUUUGAUCUUUUUUUAAUUUCACGAAAGACACCCGGGAAUUUGAUAUUUUUACGCAGAAACGCCACAUGAGAAACUCGGCCGGUGUUUCUGGCGGCGGCAGGAGAAGCCCUUGGGAUGUGCGGGAAGCUGGGAGGUCUUCGAGGCACGCUACUGGCGGGGCUAUGGCCAUCUCUCCUCACCACAUCGCUGCUACUCCUGGCGCUGGCUAGAGGGGGAGAAGGCGCUACCGUAAGCACCUCAACGGAGCUGCCGCCACAAACCCCGUGUCAGGUGCUUCUCGAGGGCGGCGUGCAGAGGUCUGGGCUACGAGGACACGCCACUACCUGACUCCCUACAGCACAAGUUGCCUAAUCUUGCAUCCGAGGAGCUUCUGUCCUUUCUACCUCUCCUACAGGUCGGGUGUUCUGAAGGUCUAAGGGAGUUCCUGUGUGCACUCUACAUGCCUGUGUGCACCAACUAUGGGUUCCAUCUGCCCCCCUGCCGCUCCCUGUGCAAGAAGGCGCGGGAGGGGUGUGCGGAGGCCAUGAUGGUGCUGAGUCUGUCUUGGCCUUCAAAGUUCGACUGCACUAGAUUCCCUGAACACCACGAAUUGAUGUGUGUCACCACCCUGAACCAGAGCAGUUUUGGAAGCAUCCCCACUACCACCACCACCACCACCGCCGCCCCUGUCAUCCUCCCCACUUUUCCAUCUUCCCCUGCGCCUUCAUUCCCCUCCCACCACAGCGUUCUGCUAACUCCCUGCACCUCCAACGCUGACUGUGUGUUUGAGAGGGCAGUGUGUCGAGGUGGUGAGUGUGUGUGUGAGUAUCCGAGGACUUGGGGACCGACGGGCUGUGAAUACACUCAGAUCUUGGGCGGCCAAUGUACAUCUGAUAGCCAGUGCUCCUCUGUUACACUCAAUUCUGUAUGUAACAAUUCAGUGUGUACCUGCGUGCCUCCCCUCACGAGCUACCUGAACCUCGCAUGCAUCCACGCCAGCGGCAUCGGGGACAUGUGCUAUAACGAUGCCCAGUGCCGCGCUCUUAACAAGUUCAGCUUCUGUCGUCUGGCUGUGGCGGAGGUGGUGGGCGUAUGCGCAUGUGACCCCGACCAGUUCAUUGACUCGAGAGGAUAUUGUGUGCCGCGCCUGGGAGGUCGGUGCUACAAGGGGAACUGUCCUAGGCAGCUCGGCGCCGCCCUCUGCCAGCGGGGAAGAGAUGCAGUACUCAAAUGUUUUUGUCGCAAGAAAGCUGUACAGAGAAGGGGCGUGUGUAUCCCGCCGACGUAACACACACACACACACACACACACACACACACACACACACACACACACACACAGGUAGUACACGGCUUUUACUCCAGUUUCAAGGCUUCGCGUUUCGUCCUCACCCAAGCUUUCUUAAUGGCGCAAUACCCGAAGGCGGAGACCAACACGCUAUCUCGCCUGACGUGGCCCCUUCUGUGCUUCCUCCAGUCACCUAUAUUUAGCUCACCUGGACGCCGCCUCGGAACAACAAACAUAAUUAGCACCUGCACUAAUACGUAUCGUUCAAUAUUAACAGGAGUGAAACUAAGGGCUUUUUAUAUAUUCGCUUAUGUGUUUUUAGUCUAGAUUUUUCAAUAAAUGUAAAGAAAA